AUGAAUGCUGACUUUAAGAACGCCUUCGAAGCUCUUCAUAGUAAGGUGAAACUAGUGAACGACUUCUCAUCUGGAAAGAAACUGAAGUCUGAAGGUUUCGACAACGAGUUAAGAGAAGUAGCACAAAAUAUGACGAAAAUAACAGAUGCAGCAACGAGACAGGCAGUUCAAAGUGCCUAUGACGCCGUUAGAGCAACUGUUGUGGAAAGUCAAGAAAAAGAGUUACAACAGACCAAAACAGACCUAGUAAAUGCUUUCUUAAAAACGAAAAGUCAGGUAGGACAUUAUGCUGCAGAUGGAACAUAUGUGCCAGCUGGUGGAACUUAUAUACUAGCUGGUGGAACUUAUAUACUAGCUAGUGGAACUUAUAUACCACCAAACCCUCCAAGAGAAGCACCUGCACCAGGACUACCUAAAACAUUUACAUCGUCACAUGGACACAGACACAGGCAUGCACCAAAACCAACACAACAACCAACAGUUCAAAACACUGCACCACAACCAACAGUUCAAAACACUGCACCACAACCAACAGUUCAAAACACUGCACCACAACCAACAGUUCAAAACACUGCACAGCAACAACCACAAACAGAGCAAGGACAUAAAAGAAGUAGAGAACAAGGAAACCAAGAAUUCUUAAAAAUGCUUAAGGAAAAUUAUGGUUACCCAGAUACUCUUGACUUUAGUGACAGAUAUAAAGAAGCUAUUAGAAAGUUCAAGGAAGGAAAUACUGACCCGAACCUAUUUAGCUUUAUGGUUCAGCACCAAAUGGGAUAUAAUUUCAAACCUGGAAAAUACAAGCUCGCUAAGGGAUAUGAUUUAAUAGCAUAUCAUCCAAAUGACAUGACUGAAUUUACUCCGAGAUAUUUGGUGUCAGAGCUAAAUGAUAAUUCAACUCUCUUCAUGAAACGCGUAAAAAAUAGAGACGGAACGAAAGAAGAAAGGUUUAUGAGUCCGGAUGACUUAGAUAGGGAACUUUUUAAAAACGGUCUCGGAAUAUAUGAAAUGCCAGCAGAUGAGGUACAAGAAACUCAACAGGAAGAAGUUCAGAUACAACCAGACAUGGAAGAAAUAGUUCAGCAACAACAGCUAGAAGAGCCUGAAGGAAACGAACAAGUCCCUCCUUUGGAAACUAACUUCACAGAACUAGAUGAAGAUUUGGAACAGCCG